AUGAUAUCUCUCACUUGUUCUAACAGGGUUUUUCUCUUCAUCUUUUCUUCCUCUUCUCUUCCUCUUCUCUUCUUCUUCUCUUCUUCUUCUCUCGAUCCAGGGGAGAUCUGUGCCUUCACCAUCCACGGAGCCGAGGCGCCGUUUGCUGCAGUGGUGUUGAAUGGGACGUCGGGGGAAGGGCAGCUGAGGGCGCAGGGACUGGUGGACUGUGAGCAGCAGAAAGAAUACACCUUCAUCAUCCAGGCCCAGGACUGCGGAUCAGGACCCGGAUCAGGACCCGGAGGCACAGACGUCAAGAAGUCCCACAAAGCAGUGGUGCACAUCCAGGUGAACGACGUGAACGAGUUUGCGCCCGUGUUCCGGGAGCCGCAGUAUCGCGCCGCGGUGACGGAGGGAAAGAUCUACGACAGCAUCCUGCAGGUGGAGGCCACGGACCAGGACUGCUCCCCUCAGUACAGCCAGAUCUGCAACUACCAGAUCAGCACCGGCAACACGCCCUUCGCCAUCGACCGCAACGGUGAGUCCAGACCGCCAUCACCGGGCUCAAAGUCUACGGUUUAUGAUCCAGGUCCAGGAUGGUAA